AUGGCCACAAGUAAACUCGGCCAGGUCCUGGAGGCUGGGGUUUUUGCUAGUCAUGAAACUGGUGAGCGAUUUGUGAAAGUGAGAACAGUGAUAGACCUCACCAAACCGUUGCGAUCACAAAUUAUGGCGGUCAAUGAUGAUACUGGGUGUUUCUGGGUCUCAUUGAAGUACAGAUAUUUACCAUCAUUCUGCUUCAAUUGUGGGAGGGUAGGGCACUUCAUCAAUGAUUGUACUUUUGAACCCCCAGCCGGUAAGGAAAAAUUUGGACCGCACAUGUCCACCAAGAAACUGGGCAUUCGACUGUAUGACUCGGAGGAUGAUGCUCAACAGUUCCGUGGCAAAUCAAAGUCUGUAUGGGUCAACAUGGCGCUGAGAGAUUAG